UAAAAUUGACUUUAAUUAGUUAUUAAUAACUUUCUACAUUUAAAGCUAACAUUGAUUACUCCUUUAUUUCAAAGUUUUUCCCUUUCUUUCCCACAAUUCCUAGUUGGCACAACAAUUAAUUCCUUAAACACAUUUACUAAUUACGAACUUUGCAUUAACAAUGAUCUCUUUAUAAAUCCAAGUUAUAUAUUGCAUUUCUCUCACAGUCUCACUACAGUCUAUUACUAUCAUGGAAACAUUUAAGAAAUCUCUCGCUAUGAUCUCUCUAUCUUUUCUGUUUCUGGUUCUUUGUGAUAUGUCUUUGGCGAGAACCGUGAAGACCACAUCAAAUCAUAACCAGAAGAGUACUUACAUAGUACAUGCUGUCAAAUCCCAAAUGCCAGAAAGCUUUGAUCACCACUCGGCUUGGUUCGAAUCGACUUUAAAGUCAGUUUCUGACUCAGCAGAAAUGAUCUACACCUAUGACAAAGCUAUUCAUGGAUUCUCAACAAGGUUAACACCAGAGGAAGCCCGUUUGCUGCAAAGUAGAAACGAGAUUUUAAAGGUGCUGCCAGAUGAAAUCUAUAAGCUCCAUACAACUCGAACACCAUUCUUCCUCGGGCUCAAUAAAAUCGCUGCAAGCACAUUCACCAAAUCCAACACAGGACGUAGUGAAGUCAUCAUCGGAGUCAUAGACACAGGUGUUUGGCCUGAGAGCAAGAGCUUCGACGACACCGGGUACGGACCCAUCCCCAGCACCUGGAAAGGAAAAUGCGAGGUUGGUGCAAAUUUCACAACUGCCAACUGCAACAAGAAACUAAUCGGUGCUAGGUUCUAUAAUAGUCGCACCAGGUUCUAUAAUAGUGGCUUGGUGGGCCCAAAUGAUAAUUCUAUAGUUUCUCUCUCUCCGCGUGACGAUGAAGGUCACGGUACCCACACUGCCAGCACUAUUGCAGGCUCUCUAGUGCAAAAUGCGAGCCUCUUCGGUUACGCAGCAGGAACGGCGCGUGGGAUGGCCCCACACGCUAGAAUUUCCGUCUACAAGGUCUGCUGGAUGGAUGGUUGUGCUAUUUCUGACGUAUUGGCUGCGAUAGACCAAGCCAUCGUUGACAAUGUGAAUGUUCUUUCCUUGUCGCUCGGAGGUGAAACGUCUGAUUACUACAAAGAUAACCUUGCGAUUGGAGCGUUUUCGGCAAUGGAGCAUGGGAUUGUUGUGUCUUGCUCUGCUGGGAACUAUGGUCCUCUACCCUCUUCUGUCACUAAUGUGGCACCUUGGAUUAUCACCGUGGGAGCUGGCACAAUUGAUCGAGAUUUCCCUGCAUACGUUAGCCUAGGAAAUGGAAAAAACUAUUCUGGUGUGUCCCUUUACAGUGGAAACAAAUUGCCUGAUAAACCUGUUUUGUCACUCAUCUACGGGAAGAGUGCGGGCAUAGGUGAGAAUUGUCAGCCAGGAAGCUUGCCGGCGCAAAAAGUCAAGGGAAAGAUCGUGGUGUGUGAUCGCGGAGCCGACGAUAGGGUGUGGAAAGCAGAGGCGGUGAAAUCCGCUGGCGGUUUGGGCAUGGUGUUGGUCAACGACGCGGCUGAGGCGGGGGAUCUGAGGGCGGAUCCAUUUGUUUUGCCAGGACUUAUGGUGGACGCAAAAGCAGGCGAAGCCAUCAAGCAAUACUUAAUUUCUGAUCCAAAACCGACAUCAACGAUUGUGUUUGAGGGGACAAAGGUCGAGAUCGAGCCUUCUCCUGUUGUUGCAAAGUUCAGCUCCAGGGGCCCAAAUUAUAUCACCAAAAAACUAUUGAAGCCUGAUUUGAUCGCGCCAGGUGUCAACAUCUUAGCUGCAUUUACCAGGAACGCGGGUCCGAGUCCUCUGGAUUCAGAUGAAAGGCGCGUGGAUUUCAACAUCCUCUCGGGGACGUCCAUGUCAUGCCCUCACGUGAGUGGUAUUGCAGCUUUGAUUAAGUCAGCUCAUCCAGACUGGAGUCCGGCUGCGAUUCGGUCUGCGUUGAUGACAACAGCUUAUUCGACUUACAAGAAUGGUAAGCCAUUGCUGGACAUUGCAACUGGAAAACCAGGAACGCCGUUUGAUUUUGGCGCAGGACAUGUAGACCCUGUCCCUGCACUUAAUCCAGGGCUUAUUUAUGAUUUGACGGUAGAUGAUUAUCUGAAUUUUCUCUGUUCGAUAGACUACACACCUGAAAUGAUUGAACUCAUCGCGAAAAGAAAAUACGUGUGUGACAGAAAGACACACUACUUUAAUUACCCUUCAUUUGCAGUGAUUUUUUAUGCUGGUGAGAAUAGUACGCAGGUUAAGCAAAUGCGAACUCUCACCAAUGUGGGUGCUGCGGGAACAUACAAGGUAUCUGUUCAGACAGAUAUCCCAGGCGUCAAGAUCACAGUUGAACCGGAAGUGUUGAGUUUCACAGUAAAUGAGAAAAAAUCAUAUAGUGUUACAUUCACUGCAUCAGGUGUGAAGCAGCAGAAAACUCCAGGUUUUGGACGUUUGGAAUGGUCUAAUGGAAAAAACAUUGUUCGAAGUCCUAUCUUAUUUAGUUGGGAACCGUGACUGAAAGCUCCAUGAAGCUUGACGACCAAAGCCACUUCACUAAUUGAAGGAAGAGUGUCUUGGUUGGCUAAUGUUAUGGUUAUAGCUAGAGUAAUAUAUUUGAAUAUGUAUUAUAACAAAAGAUCCUGUACUAUAUUGUUGGAGGUUAGUGAAAUGGAUUUUUUUUGCUUUA